AGAAAAAUACUCUAAACCAAACGGGCCCUAGGGUUUAAGGUAUUGUUUGUUGAUAGAAGAAGGAAGAAAAUCACAGAGCAGCCACCGUCGCCAAAAUGUCGAAGAAAAACGAUUUGGGUCGCCGGAAAAAACAGCACGAGUUCAAUCUUCGGAGGGAAAAAGAAGAGAAAGAAAAACUAGCGAAGAAGUUACAAACAAAAAAGAACAAGAUGAAGGUGGAUGGUAAGGACAAGAAGAAGAAAGGUGGUAAUGGAUUUCAAGUUGGGAAGAAAAAAUUGAAGACAAGGAUGACUCCAUUAGCCAAAGCUAAAGCUGCACAAGCAAUGGAGAUUGAAAAAUAAGAUUUUUGCUGUAAUGUAUAGGAAGUCCUGUCCUUGGGUAUUUGGCUGCUGGAAUCUUGAUUGGACCUUAUGGUCUGUCUAUCAUACGUCAUGU